AUGAGAAACAUCAGCCAGAUCCGUACGUUCAUUACCACAAAGACCGCUGCAACAUCAGUACAGGCAUGUGUAAGUUCACAUCUUGACUAUUAUAAUGCUUUCCCUCUUGGCCUACCACAACAUCUCUUAGCAAAGCUCCAGCGCACCCAGAACUGCGCUGCACGGCUAGUCACAAAGACGAAACGACGAGAUCACAUGACACCAAUAUUAAAGGACCUUCACUGGCUCAAGGUGGUGGACCGUAUCAAGUACAAGGUCCUCACAUUGAUCUUCAAAGCAAGACAAGGUCUUGCACCAGCAUAUGACAAGAACAUGGUUUGCACGGCAAUAAUAACGACGGCGAUAACUGGAUUAGUCAACGCAUGGGGCAUUAUUGGAAACAUCGUCAUCAUCUUCAUCAUUGCCAGAACCCCUAACAUGAGAGGAUUCUCUGGAGCUCUCAUGAUAAACCAUGCUGUAGCUGACGUCAUUCAGGAAAGUGUUUCACAGAUUGUCGUAUUAUUGUUUGCUGUUGGUCCUCGAAUGGUUCAACUUAACAUAUAUCUUCGACUUGCUCUGUUUAGUCUCAGUGGCGUGGUAUCUCACAGCGUAAGCGCCCUUUCAGUAAACCUGUACCUAGCUAUAUGCAGGCAGCAGCAGUAUAAGCGCUUGGUGACAUGGAAACGGGUCUUUGCCUUCAUGGCUUGUUCCUGGGCCAUCAACAUUGCGAUCAGCAGCCUGUACCAUGUUGUGCCGUCAUUCUACACAGUUGACCUCAACUCACGUUCAGAUAUCCCGUACAUGGAUAUAACGCCCUCCAACUGUUGGUUCUAUCUCCUCCUGGUUCUCAACAUAGUGAUCAUCCCUAUUUGCACUGCAGCGACUUGCUACCUGAGAAUUCGGUCCUUCAUGAAAUGUCCUACCAUGUCCAGCAUGGGUCCAAACAACAUGAAUAAAGUGAAGCUGUCUCAGAUGAUCCACAUCAUCACCAUCAUCUACUUCCUCACCUUCAUCCCCGUCUUUAUCAUCAUGUCCGCCAAGGUUCAGAUGCAAGGCGUCAAGACAGUUAUCUGGGCAGUUAACUCUUCCUAUUACAUCAUCAAGCUGUUUCUUUACCUCAAGCUGUACAAACCUUUCAGAGAGACGGCGAAGGCUAUAUGCUGCAACUCCUGUCAAAACCGCGUAGGUCCCACACAGCAGGGACAAGAUGCCAUUGUCUAA